AUGCACGCCGUCGACCUCCACGCGAAACCCGACCCAGAGCAGCGCGUAUCGAUCGAGGCGUACGAGAAGAAAUACCCUAAUAUCAAGGCGUACAACUUUUCGGUGCCGGUCGACCAUUUGCACAACGAGUCAAACUAUGCGCCUCAUUCAAGCGACUCGUUUCCACUACGAUACUGGCUGGACAUUUCAAAUUACCGUCCAGGUGGGCCGGUCAUCAUCCUUCACAGUGGCGAAUUUGAUAGCGAAGGCAGAUUGCCAUAUCUUCAGCAUGGAAUCGUUCCCAUCCUGACCAAGGCUACGGGCGGUGUUGGGCUCGUCAUGGAGCAUCGAUACUACGGCACCAGCUUCCCCGUUCCAGACCUCACGACCGAGAACCUGCGCUUCCUCUCAACAGAGCAAGCGCUCGCCGACACUGCAUACUUUGCUAAAAACAUCGUGUUUCCCGGCUUGGAGCAUCUCGACUUGACCGCUCCUGGGACCCCAUGGAUCAUUUACGGCGGCUCGUAUGCUGGCGCCUUUGCUGCCUUUGCCCGCAAGCUGUAUCCAGAGACAUUCUACGGCGCAAUCUCAUCUUCAGGGGUCACGGCUGCCGUUGAGGAUUAUUGGCAGUACUUCGAGGCAGCGCGCCAGUAUGCGCCCGGCAACUGCGGGCCAAACACGCAAAAGAUUACCCAAGUCGUAGACUCAGUUCUCUUCAGCGGCGAUAGGGCUAAGGUGCGUAAAUUCAAGGACAUGUUUGGUCUGGGAGAUCUCGAGGACGACGAAUUUGCUUCCACCAUUAUUCGGGGCCUCUACGGGCUGCAGUCCACCAACUGGGACCCGGAAGAGGACGAGAUUUCUCUCGGAGUCUACUGCGCCCUCAUCGGCUCUGAUGCCCAACUCUUCUCGAGUACAGCCCAUCUCACCCUAACGGUGAGAGAUCUCGUCAAGGAAGCCGGCUUUGCUACCGAAUCCGAGGUUCUGUCCAAUCGCAUGCUCAAUUAUAUUGGCUAUAUCAAAAAUUAUGUCAAAAAGACGUUCAAGUCGGCUUGUAAAAGUAAAUCUGCCAAGCAAUGCUUCUCUGCCCGCUAUGCCCCAAAUGACGUGAGACUUGAAGCUGGCUGGUUACGCAGCUGGGCCUACCAAGUGUGCACACAAUGGGGAUAUUUUGUGACUGGCUCUGGUACGCCCAAGGACCAGCUUCCAAUGAUAUCUCGAGCCAUUACUCUCGAAUACGCCUCGAUACAAUGCGAGAAGCUCUUCAACAUCACCACCUCUCCCGAUGUGCAGUCCAUCAAUAAACUAGGAGGAUUCAACUUUAGCUAUCCUCGUCUGGCAAUCAUAGACGGAGCUCAGGAUCCAUGGAAAGCCGCCACUCCCCAUGCGACUGGCCUGCCCGACCGGGAGUCAACUACCAGCGAGCCCUUCUUGCUUAUUGACUGGGGUGUCCACCACUGGGAUGAGUACGGCCUGCCCGAGGAUGUUCACGUCCCGGGCCUGCCCCCGCCACAAGUUACUCAGGCACACCAGGCCGAGGUUGAGUUUGUCAAGGCGUGGCUGAAGGAAUGGAAGGAGGAAAAUGGAAGCUCAUCAGCAGGGCUGGAUCGGGAAGAGGAGAUUAUAGAUGAGCUAUAG